AUGGGCGCAGCCGCCGGCGGGGCAGCGCUGGCGGGACUCUCCGGGCCGGUCCCGGACCCGCUGCGGGAGGCCAACGCCAGCGCCAACUCCUCGCUGCCGCCGCGCGGGGCCCUGCGGGGGGAGCUGGGGCCGGAGCCCCCCGAGGGCGCGGAGGCCGGGCUCCCCCCGGGCGCUGGCGGCGGCGGCGGGGGGCCGGGGCCGGGGGACGCGGCGGAGGCGCGGGUGCGGCUGCUGCUGAGCGCCGCCUACUGGGCGGUGUGCGCGCUGGGGCUGGCGGGCAACCUGCUGGUGCUCUGCCUGCUGCGCUCCCGGCGGGCCGGCCGCGCCUCCGCCGUCCGCCUCUUCGUCACCCACCUGGCGCUCACCGACCUGCAGUUCGUGCUGACCCUGCCCUUCUGGGCCGUGGAGCACGCGCGGGACUUCCGCUGGCCCUUCGGCGGCGCCAUGUGCAAGCUCGUGUCCCUGGCGACGUCGGUGAACAUGUACGGCAGCGUCUUCUUCCUCACCGCCAUGAGCGUGGCGCGCUACCGCUCCGUGGCCUCGGCCCUGGGCCGCCGCGGGGGCCGGGGGCGCCGGGGCUGCGGGGGCCGGGGCUGCGGGGGCCGGAGCUGCGGGGGCCCGGGCGCCCGGGCGCUGUGCGCGCUCAUCUGGGCGGCGGCCGUGCUGGCCUCGCUGCCCAACGGCCUGUUCGCCACCGCGGUGCCCGUGCUGGGCCAGGAGCUGUGCCUGCUGCGCUUCCCGGGCCGCGGGCAGUUCUGGCUGGGCCUCUACCACCUACAGAAGGUGCUGCUGGGCUUCCUGCUGCCGCUGGCCGUCACCAGCCUGAGCUACCUGCUGCUGCUGCGCGCCCUGGCCGAGCGCCGCGUGGCCGCCGCCCCCGGAGGGGCCCCCGAGGCCCGGGGGGGCCUGGCCGCCGCCGCCAGCGCCCGCAGGCGGUCCCGGGUCACCCGGUCCGUGAGCGUCCUGGUGCUCGCCUUCUUCCUGUGCUGGCUGCCCAACCAGGCGCUCACGGCCUGGGGCGCGCUGGUCAAGCUGGGCGCCGCGCCCUUCAGCCGCGCCUUCUUCCUGGGCCAGGCCUACGCCUUCCCGGCCAGCGUGUGCCUGGCACAUGCCAACAGCUGCCUCAACCCGCUGCUCUACUGCCUGGCGCGCCGCGACUGCCGCCGGGCGCUGCGGGCGCUGCUGGGCCGCCUGGCCAAGCCCUCCCUGCCCGGCCUGGCGCGCCCCUGCACCGCCUCCACCCGGCCCGACCCCGGGGACCCCGCGCCGCCCGGCCCCGCGCCCCGCCGGCCGCCCGCGGAGCCCGAGCCGCGCUUCUACCCGCCGGGCGCGGUGGUCUACAGCGGGGGGCGCCAGGACCCGCUGCCCAGCAGCUCCGCCGGCUGA